ACUUCCCUUAAUUUCGUUCAUUAUUUGGUAUAGAUUACAAGCUGCAUCUGAGAGAUUUUCAAAAACUUCCUCUUUUCGUGGAAUAUCGUUCAUGCGAACUUCUACAUCACAGCACCGUCUUCACUUUAUUGAUUUUCAUGUUUAUGUAAGCAAGAAUACAAGUGCUAAUGGCUGGUCUUGAUGGGAAAUAUCAAUUUAAAGUUGUACUUUUGGGAGAAGGUUGUGUUGGCAAAACUUCACUUGUACUUCGUUAUUGUCAAGACAAGUUUAAUGACAAACACUUGACCACUUUACAGGCAUCAUACUUAACAAAGAAGCUCAAUAUCGAUGGCAAACGAGUUGGUCUCUCAAUUUGGGACACUGCUGGCCAGGAGAGAUUUCAUGCAUUAGGUCCAAUAUACUACAGAGAUAGUAAUGGAGCAAUAUUAGUUUAUGAUAUAACUGAUGAAGACUCUUUUCAAAAGGUAAAAAAUUGGGUAAAAGAACUUCGAAAAAUUGUUGGAGAUGACAUAUGUUUGUGUAUUGUAGGCAACAAAAUUGAUCUGGAAAAAGACAGGCAUGUUGAUGGUACAGAAGCUGAAGAGUAUGCAAAGUCUGUUGGAGCAAGACAUUUAUUAUCUUCAGCAAAACUUAACAAAGGAGUAGAUGAAUUGUUUCUUGAUCUUUCUAAAGCAAUGGUGGCCACAGCAGAUGCAACUCAAAACAACGGACAAUCAAGAGGGGGACGUGGAGCUUCAACAAAAAGAAGAGGUGUGGAAAUUGUGGACGAACAGCCACCUGGACAAACAAAGAAAGGCUGCUGUUGAAGAAAUGAUGGUAGAAUACAAUGCUUAAACUCUGAUGAUAUAAAUAGGAAUUUGUAUAAUAUAAUUACAACGUCAAGGUUGCAAGAAUUACAUCUCGAAAAGAUAAUUCUUAUGCAACUGCAACCAAUUUACAAAUAGUUAUCCGUGUCUACCAUGGAUAUUAUCUGUCUGCUGAUAAUUUCCCUUCUUUUUCUGAUAUAAAUGAUGUUAUUCAAGCAUUUCCUCCAGUGAAUAUCUAAAAAGAAGAACAAUUAAUAUUGUUACAGCAUGAACAUUUGUUUUUUACUUUAUAACCAAGAAAAACAAACCUUUUUCAAUAAACUUUGGCUGAUUUUAGACUUAGAAUUACGGCUGCCAAUUUCAAUGUUAGUUUUCAUUUCUAUAGUUCUUUCAAAGCGUGGUUUCUUGUUAGGCUGAAGAAAAAGGCAUAUUUAUCAUAUAUAAAUUAAUGUCAAAAAAUUUCAUAAUUUACAAAAGUGCCUGGGAUAUACAUAGGCAACUCCAAACCAUGCUUUUCAUUUUCAAGUUUCAUGAAUGGCUACGUUGUAUGUAUAUUAUCAGGUCAAUUUGUAUUUAUAUCUGCUCACAUGUUGCAUGUGUAUCAACAAACAAAUAUAGUAUAAAAUGAAUGGUUUGAGCUUGGCAGUGACAGUACUUCAAAAUGUAUAAAACAUACCACAUGACACCUUUUUAAGAGGUGCAUUACAAUUGACUGUGUGAAAUGUUUGUUACCGGUAAAUUUGUACCUUGUAUUUACAUUGAUAUUAUGUUAAAACUCAAUGUUUAUUUACCAAAGGA